CUCACGCUGUCCCAAAGCUGCAAAAACUGCUUUCUCGCUGCAUCACCUCUUGUGCAGCUGCAUUUCUUUCCAUUUUCUUUUUUAAAUUCACCCUCUCCUACCAUUUUUUUUCUUUCCUUUGCCAAAAUGUACCGGAACCCGUGGAUUUCCAAUUAUCUGAGCCAUGUCAAGUUUUGCAGUGAAGGACUCGCAAGCGACAGCCAUAUUUCACUUGGCAAUCCCAGAUUGCUUCAGAGGAGAGCUCUUAGCUUCCAAAAAGACUUCUCCUUUGACGAAAAAGGUGAUCCAAUCAAAGUUCCGAAAGACACAGAUGUUAGUCUCUUGGCUAAUCUCAACAAAGUCUCUGAGUUGAGGAAACGAUUUGAAGGCAUCACCACAAGCGCGAGUGAUUGGGAAAUGAACAGAAAAGAGCGCAUCGCUCGGCGUGUAGAAGGCAUUGAGGGUGAGGUGCAUCCAUCCCUGCUGCCCAAUCUGGUGGCCAACCGACUUCUGGAAGAGGAUACACCACGAUACACAAGAGCCUCUGACCCCUGCGAGCCAUGCGGUGUUACUGUGCAGAGGUACGGGAUGGAAGGGUUUGAAAAUCCAGAUCUGCAGCCGAUGGUUCCCGAGCGACAGUCCAAAACUCAAUGCAGAUCUGAUCCUAAAGCCUCCAAUCGCACCGAUCAUGUCUCCGGUUCAUCCUCAUCCACCAAAGUGGCUCCAGAGCUCGAGUCCAAAGCUGAACGCAUUGCCCGCUACAAGGCGGAGCGGCGUCGGCAGCUAGCCGAGCGCUACGGCAUCUCUUUGGACCAGGAGCCGGACAUGGAGCAUCCAUCCCGGUACACUCGUACUCUGAAAGAGUCUGAGGGUUCCGAAAGAAGAAUCAGAGUUAGGGAGAGGCUUGCGAAGGAGGACUGUCGCCAGAGGAGCCCAGAGCUGGGAAGUGUCGCAGAGGCUCCGACAUACCGCCGACAAUUUCAGCAGCAGCCUGCCGCGCGAUACAACACGGAUCCAAUGAUUGCCCAGCAUAACCACUCCUACCCUCACCAUCAUGCACAAUCUCUGCUUUGUCCCUCGGGGCAACCGGCAGGACCGGAUAUUGCUGGUUACCCCGGUUAUCUGUCCAUGACCUCCGGUGCUCCAUCCAGAGUGGAGGAGCUCCCAGAUGAAGAAAGUGAGGAGACAGGCGGCGUUAGGACAGAGGGCCUCCUACGUAGUAGGAAAGCAGUACUACCCUCGGAGAUCCGCCGCAGGGAGAGGAGCACCGAGGACCCGCGCAGAGGAAGAGGAGAAGAUGAGAUGAGUACCUCCAAAGCGUUGAGUGAGAUUGAAGAUCCUGCAAGAAGAGGUCACAGAGGCAGAGCGAGAUGGGAAACAGUUGAGCCCUCCAGACACGCUGGGCAGAGCAGCCAUCACCAAGAAGCCCCCAGCAGGCCCAGAGACCGUGAAAAUCUCAUUUACGUCCACAGAGGCGUGUCUGCAUCUUACGUCCAACCCAAAGCAGAUCCCGGUGAUCAAGAGCAAAGCAAUAGGAGCUUGCAUCACCCCAUGCAGCAUCCUCAAGCGAUCAAGAAAAAUCAUGCCGAGAUUCUCCAGGACAGUCGUGUGUCUGUGGCCCAGCUCAGAAAUUCUUACAUGGAAAGCUCCGCCACUCCUCCAACCGGCCGCACGGCCGCACUUGAUGCAGUGAAGGGGGGCCGGAGGGACAGGGGCCGCAGACCUCUUCAGUAUAUCUAUCCGGGGGAAAGUAGAAAGACAUCAGAGCGGUUUAGGACUCAGCCCAUCACCACUUCCGAGCGCCGGGAGACCGAUAGGUCCUGCGUGAGCACCGAGUUGGCUUCCAAUGAAGCCGAUGAAGAGAAGCUGGACGAACGGGCCAAGCUGAGCGUCGCGGCCAAGCGUUCUCUCUUCAGGGAACUGGAGAAAAAUAUCGGCUCUGGGAAACCCCGCUCGAGGAAUGCCGCAGUGGACCGCAGGCUGAGGCGGACACAGGACCGAUCCAGAACUCAGCCAGUCACCACCGAGGAGGUGGUCAUCGCCACCACCGCUCCCCCUCAUGUGCCACAGACUAUGACUGUUCACGCUGCUGUAGCGCGCGUCUCUAGCCCCACCCUCGUUUGCAGCGCCUUCCCUCCAAGCAGUCUCCAGGCGUCGUCGCAUCACCACGCCACCGCCCGGGAGCAGGCGCCAGAGGCUCAACGAACACAAGAGACUCAGAACUGCAAGGAGGUCGCCUCAAUGGAGGAUCAAGCGCAGGCCAAUGAGGAGCCUGACCUCUGCACGCUCAGCCUGGCGGAGAAGAUGGCGCUGUUUAACCGGCUGGCUCAGCCCCCCACCAGAGUGACGCGCACCAGUGGGGACACGCGCCAGCGCCGGAGCAACGCCCGCUAUCGGACGCAACCCAUCACUCUUGGUGACAUGGAGAAGGAGUCUUCAGAUCUUGACUGCCAGGAUGAACUGGAGCGUUGUGAGAAGCCGGUAGAAGUCCACCAACUUCAAAACGGGACAGGCUCUGGGUUUGAACACCUCCCUGCAUCGUCAUCCUCGGCGCUGAGAGGAGGCACGGUGUCCACCGACAACGCAGGCGACAUCCACUUAACGCGGUUGCCGGUUGAAGUCGCCCCGAGGCCCCGUGACCCCGCGGACCACUACGGUCGGCCUUAUCGAGCGUCGCAGCAUGCGGAGGAAGGAACAGAGCAGGCAGGGGGGAAGCGGGCGCUCCCCUCUCCUGAGGGAGAAGUCAGGCAGGCAGCCCUGCCUCAGCCACACACUGGAAGAGAGCGAAGGGAGGAAGAGGAGGACCAGUGGCUAUCCAGGGGGAGGUUUGAUGAAAACAUGCCCGACUCAAACCACGACAUGUUGCUGGAGAGGCAGGAACAAAAGAGUCAUCCAAGGAGCAGAACCUUCAGUGGAGCAGAGCUGCCCGAGCUCACUUUUGUGAGAUCCAGAGCAGCGUCCGCUUCAUCGAGGGGCGGCGUACGCCAGCCUGCCGAGGUAGAAACGUACCCCGACGACGCGGAACUAACAGCCGGCACGUUGCAAGACGACCUGUGCGACAUGACGGCCAAACACAUGUCCAUCAAACAGAGGGUGGCUCUGCUGAAGAAGAGCGGCGAAGACGACUGGAGGAACAGGAUCAACAAGAAGCAAGAUGCGGUGAAGCUCGCCGUGGCUGAGCAGCACGCUCACCUGUGGGAGGUGGAGCAGAGCUUCAAGAAGAAGGGCGAUGAGGAACUGAUGAUCGAUGAUCUCGCGGUGUCUGACCAACUAUGGGCCCCCAAAUCGUCCAGAUCAAUGCAGGUGGAUAAGAGGCACCCCUGGAGACGGAAGAAAAUCACAGAGGCCGCAAUGGAGUCGCAGAGGAUUGAGGCCCAGAUGUCCAUCCAGGAGAGGAAAGAGCAGAUCGAAGCUCAAGAGGAAGCCUGGAAGUCGAAAGGCCACGGAGCGGCCAACGAUUCCACCCAGUUCACUGUGGCUGCACGCAUGGCGAAGAAAGGGUUGGUCUCCCCCUCUCCCUUGCAAUCAUCAUUGUCGUCACCUAAACCCAAGAACGGCGGCCCUGCCAUCUCCAAACCACAUGAUGAGAUCAAGGCGGUGCCGGAUCUGAACCUGGAGUCGGACAGGAAACUGGAAAAGCUGGAGUCAUUCCUCGGCAAGAUCAAUAGUAAAGUAGCAGCGCUGCCCGAGGCCACUGUCAUGGUCACAGAGAAGAAGAUCAAAGAAGUCAUGACCCUGGAGGAUGAGACUUUUUCCAAGUUCUAUCGCCAAGCGGAGGACCCGCCGAGCAUCACCGACAAGGUGGAGCUGGCUGACGAUUUCGACGCCAUCUUCGGGCCUCAGGUUCCAACGCUGACGUCGGACAUGGUGCAGCACAAGCGAGCCGUGCGCCCGACGCGUAACGUUCCGGCGUCGAAGAACCCGCUCAAGAUGCUCGCUGCCAGAGAGGACAUCAGACACGAAUACACGGAGCAGCGCCUUAACGUCGGUCUGCUGGAGAGCAGGCGGAUGAACGCGGAGAAAACGAACAAGAACUCCAAUUUGUCCGAUGUGGCCCUGGCCGGUCUCGCUAGCAAAGAGAACUUCAGCAACGUCAACCUGCGCAGCGUGAACAUCUCUGAGCAGAUGUCUAACAACAGUGCCGUGCCCUACAAGAAACUGAUGCUCUUACAGGUCAAAGGCCGCCGGCAUAUCCAGACCAGGCUGGUGGAGCCAAGAGCAUCAUCGCUGAACAGCGGCGACUGUUUCCUCCUCGUCACUCCUCAUCACUGCUUCAUCUGGACCGGAGAGUUUGCGAACGUCAUUGAGAAGAACAAGGCUUCGGAGUUGGGCAACUUCAUCCAAAGCAAGAGAGAUCUGGGUUGUCGUGCCGACUAUGUCCGGGUCAUCGAGGAAGGCGUCGAUAUUCACAGCCACGCUGCCAAGGAGUUCUGGAAGAUCCUGGGAGGCCACGCGAGUUACCAGGCAGCGGGAACGCCGGAUGAAGACGAGCUUUACGAGGGCGCCAUUGUGGAGACAAACUGUAUUUACCGUCUGAUGGACAACAAGCUGGUGCCAGAUGACGAUUUUUGGGCCAAGAUACCCCGCUGUUCCUUACUCAAGCCAAAGGAGGUUCUGGUUUUCGACUUUGGGAGUGAGAUGUACAUUUGGCAUGGGAAGGAAGUGACACUGGCUCAGAGGAAGGUGGCCUUCCAGCUGGCCAAACACCUGUGGAACGGAACGUUUGACUACACAAACUGUGACAUCAACCCGCUCGAUCCCGGAGAGUGCAACCCCCUCAUUCCAAAGAAAGGCCAGGGCCGUCCCGACUGGGCAGUGUUUGGCAGACUGACUCAUCACAAUGAAACCACGUUGUUCAAAGAGAAGUUCUUAGACUGGAGUGACUCCAGGAAAACCCCCAGCCCCACUCAAACCAGCAACGACCCUACGAUGGAUCACAAGGAUCAGCCCGCCUCAGAUCAGCCCCAUGCCUACGACGCCGCCCUCAUGAUGCCCCUCCACCGGGCGCCCGUGUGCACCGUCGUGGACGGCUUGAACGUGGGGCGGGGCUACGGGUUGGUGGAGGUGGACGACUGGCGCUGCUACGAGAUCAGCACGCUCGCCGUGGAGGUGUGGCACAUCCUGGAGUUCGACUACAGCCGCCUGCCGCGUCAAAGCAUCGGCCAGUUCCACGAGGGCGAUACCUACGUGGUGAAGUGGAAAUAUAUGGUUAGCACCGCAGUUUGGAAGCGACAGAACCCCGAGCAGCUGAAAACGACGGGGCCGGGCAAAGAGAAAUGCUGCUACUUCUUCUGGCAGGGUCGCAACUCCACAGUCAGCGAGAAAGGAACGUCGGCGCUCAUGACUGUUGAGUUGGAUGAGGAGCGAGGAGCACAAAUUCAAGUCCAGCAGGGAAAAGAGCCCCCGUGUUUCCUGCAGUGCUUCAAAGGAAGGAUGAUUGUCCAUGCAGGGAAGAGAGAAGAGGAGGAGGAAACCUCACAAAAUGACUGGCGACUGUACUGCGUGCGAGGGGAAGUGGAGGUGGAGAGCCACCUUGUGGAGGUGGCGUGCCACUGCAGCAGCCUGCGCUCCAGAGUCUCCAUGGUCCUGCUGAGCGUCAGUCAGUCCCUCAUCUACCUCUGGCACGGCUGCAAGUCGCAAGCGCACACACGGGAGGUGGCCCGCACUGCUGCCAGCAGAAUCAAAGACCAUUGUCCUCUGGAAGCAGGCCUCCACAGCAGUAGCAAGGUGACCAUACGAGAAUGCGACGAGGGAGCGGAACCUCAAGGAUUCUGGGAGGCCCUCGGCAGGAGAGACAGGAAGGCGUAUGACUGCAUGCUGCAAGAUCCCGGCAGGUUCAACUUCACACCUCGUCUGUACCAGCUGAGCAGCAGUUCGGGGGAAUUUGUAGCGGUGGAGUUUCUCUACCCAGCCAGGGACAGCCAGCAGGUCAACUCGAUGCCUUUCCUGCAAGAGGACCUUUAUUCCGCCUCCCAACCAGCGCUGUUCCUCGUGGAUAACCACCAUGAAGUGUACCUGUGGCAGGGCUGGUGGCCUCAGGAUAGCGAAAGUACCGGCUCGGCCCGAAUCCGUUGGGACUCAGACAGGAAGUGCGCAAUGGAGACUGUGCUGCAGUAUUGCCGAGAAAAGAAUCCCAAAAAGGCCCCGAAGGCGUAUCUGAUCCUCGCCGGCCUGGAGCCGCUCACCUUCACCAACAUGUUUCCCAGCUGGGAGCACCGCGAGGACAUCGCCGAGAUCACGGAGCGGGAGGCCGAGGUGUGUAACCAGAUUAUUCUGGUGGAAGAUGUCUUAGCCAGACUAUGUCAGACCGCAUACCCUCUGGAGGAUCUCCUGGCCCGGCCGCUGCCUGAGGGCGUUGACCCCCUGCGCCUGGAAGUCUACCUCUCGGAUGAGGACUUUCAGGGCGUGGGGGCUUGUGCAAAGAAAGGCUUGGAGAUGACGAGGGAGGAGUACGGCAGUAUGCCGGCGUGGAAGCAGGUCAACUUGAAGAAAACCAAAGGGCUUUUCUAAAUGCAGUCAGUAGAUGCCGCGGUUAUGUAUAAUGGAGGAGCCGCCUCUCCUGAGUCGACCCUCUAAACGGAGACGAUGGAGACAAGCUGAAGAUGAGAGGUGUGCCAGCUUCUUGUUUUUGUUCUUGCCCUUCUGUGUGUGUUUGUCAACUAAAAUGGCGCCCGUGUGGUUGAGAGGGCGGUUUUUACAGUGUGCAUGCAUGUACAUAUUAUGUAGCAUUUAUAUCUCUUCUUGUUUCAUUUGUUUGACUCCUUUGUGCAAAUAAUUUAUAUUUAUGUCCAAGUAGGACAAAACUAAGCAUAUUAAAAUUUUACGGAGAUAGAAAACAAUGUGUAAUCGUGUUUUGUUUUGUUUUUUGGUACCAGUAAUCCUUUGUAAAACAUUUUGCCACGCCAUCAAAAAUAAUGCAGCUUGUAUUAUGAUGCCUUGUUUAAUUAAUGACUAACAACAGAUGGUUUGAGAUCAUGUAAUGUAUUUUUUAAAAGAAC